ACCCUGACCAAUUAUCGUUUAAAUCACAGGUUGCACUACUGUUUCACCUCACGAACAAAUCAGUGCUCUUUCAAAGUUAUAAUUUUUUUAAAGUUUAUUUCCAUCGCGAACUCAAAAUCGACGAUUAUCAAAUAUGAGCGACGACGUCGUAGGGCUGGGCGCCUGGGACUACGUCCUCUUCGCGAUUAUGUUGGUGGUUUCGGCUGCCAUCGGGAUUUAUUCGGCAUGUUCCGGAGGACGGCAGCGAACAGCCGACGAGUACUUACUCGGUAAUCGUGAGAUGAGCAUCAUACCUGUUGCUCUUUCAAUGAUGGUUAGCUAUAUAUCGGCCAUCUCUGUCCUGGGUUUACCUUCCGAGAUUUACAUGUUCAAUACCAUGUUCAUCUGGAACACUGUUGGUUAUGCAAUAGGAGCAUUGGUUGCCACCCAGAUGUUUGUACCAAUGUUCUUUGAAUUGAAACUAACCAGUAUCUAUGAGUACUUGGAGCUUCGUUUCAACAAAUGCAUCAGUGUGAUAAACAUUUGUAUUUUCUUCUUUCAAAUGUUUUUCUACAUGGGAAUCGUAAUCUACACACCAGCUCUUGCAUUAAACGCAGCAACCGGAAUGAGUCUAUCUGUAAGCAUCAUCUCAACGGGAUUCGUGUGCAUCUUUUAUACUACAAUAGGAGGAAUGAAAGCAGUUCUAUGGACCGAUACGUUCCAGACCUUUGUGAUGGUUGCAGGGGUUAUGGCGAUCAUCAUCGCGGGGACAGCCAAAGUUGGUGGAUUCGAUGAAGUUUGGAAAAGAGCUGAAGAUGGGGGUAGAAUAGUUUUCUUUGACAUGAGGCCAGAUUUGACGAUAAGAAACUCGUUUUGGUCAGUCAACAUCGGAGCCACAAUGAUCACCUUUGCGACUUACGGUAUGAACCAGGCCAUUGUACAGAGAUGCCUCAGUCUUGGAUCCAUCAGAAAGGCAAAAUGGGCUAUAUCACUGGCUGUGCUGUCACAAUGGACGGUUCUCAUCCUCAUGUCUUUGUCUGGUGUGGUUAUGUACGCCUAUUACUUUAACUGUGACCCUCACACCCAGGGCAAGGUCUUCAGCCCGGAUCAGAUCAUGCCAUACAUGGUGAUGGAGGUAUUCGCUAAGAUGCCAGGAAUCCCUGGAAUAUUCUUGUCUUCAGUUCUUAGUGCCUCCCUUAGUACUUUGUCAUCCGGAUUGAAUGCUUUGGCAGCGGUAGCUGGAGAGGAUAUAUUCAAGGCAAUAUGGCCAAAUCUAAAUGGAAGAACCUACACCAUUAUUACCAAAUUAUUAUCUUUUUUCUUCGGCUUAGUCGCGAUUGGAGUGGCCUUUCUUGCCAUGGUGAUGGGGGAUCAAGUGCUCAUGAUGGGCUUGUCUAUCUAUGGUCUUACAUACGGGGCUGUCGUCGCAACAUUCACCCUUGGAUUUUGCUGCCCAAGAAUUAAUUACAAAGGUGUUUUGGUUGGUACUAUCGUGAGCAUUGGUAUAAUGACAUGGCUGAAAGUUGGAAAGAUGUAUGCAGAUAAUAUCAGAUCAGACGUUCUACCGCUCUCUGUAGAAGGCUGUACUGUUGAGCAGAACUCAACUAACUUAACAUAUUAUACCACCAUGGUCACCGAGGUCGAGACGUGGACAUCGAUCACGGAAUCAUCCACCAACCCGACCAACGAGACACAAACUGAUGAUGAAAGAACGGCGUUAGAAAAUUUCUACUCAUUGUCUUAUCACCUGUACGGUUCUCUUGGAUUCCUCAUCACAGUAGCUGUAGCUUUCAUUGUCAGUGCCGUGACAGGUUAG